ACGUCGCCCUUCUUAGUAGUGUGUUUGCUGCUGGCUGCUUCUUUCCGCCUCGCCUAUAUUGUGCCCGAGCUUGAGCCGGGCGGUUCUUACGUUGGAAGGAGCUGGAGUCAGUGUGAACUAAUAACGCCGCCCGUGAGAGGGACGGAAAUCACGCGCUGUAUACCGUGUCAGAACGAGCUUGACUGAGGCAACGCCAGUUUAUACCGGAAUCUGAAAGCGGCGCAGCGUGGCGAGGCCUGAGAAAUGGCAGCCAUUCGUAAGAAGCUUGUGAUUGUGGGAGACGGUGCAUGCGGGAAAACCUGCCUUCUGAUUGUGUUCAGUAAAGACCAGUUUCCAGAAGUGUAUGUUCCAACAGUUUUCGAAAACUAUGUGGCAGACAUAGAAGUGGAUGGCAAGCAGGUGGAAUUGGCCCUUUGGGAUACAGCUGGUCAAGAAGAUUAUGACAGACUGCGACCUCUGUCUUAUCCAGACACUGAUGUUAUAUUAAUGUGCUUUUCCAUUGAUAGCCCUGACAGUUUAGAAAACAUACCUGAGAAAUGGACCCCAGAGGUGAAACAUUUUUGCCCCAAUGUGCCGAUUAUUUUAGUUGGGAAUAAGAAGGAUCUGCGUAAUGAUGAACACACUCGCAGGGAGCUCACCAAAAUGAAACAGGAGCCUGUGAAGCCUGAAGAAGGUCGUGACAUGGCAAACCGUAUCUCAGCCUAUGGCUACAUGGAAUGCUCUGCAAAAACGAAAGAUGGCGUGAGGGAAGUGUUUGAGCUGGCUACACGGGCAGCCCUGCAAGCCAGGCGUGGGAAGAAGAAAAACACGUGCCUUCUCAUCUAACUGAGAAACAUGCCGUAUUGCGCACACACACAACCUGUUCUCAUUGGGGGAUCGGGAGCCAGCGUGCAGCAAGGGUGAAGCCCACGGCGAAACGUACAGUCACAGAAAAAUCCUGCAAGGGAUGUUUAUUAAUCUUUAGAGUGUUCUUACUGGCCUUUUUGUCUUUUUCAUUUAUUCUGUUAUGAGAUUUUAUAAAAAAAAAGUCAUCUUGCUACCAGUAUUUAAAAGUCAACGUUUUUUUUUUCUUUGAUAUAUAAAUAUAUAAUAUGUAACUUCACUGUUAGCAGAUUUGUCCAUUCACCAGACUAACUCUGACAUUCCACUGUAAUACCAGUCUGCACCAGGGAAUUCUGAUACGAGACUGGCCUCCUUUACUUCUCCUAAGCUUCUAUUUGUCUCCCCUUACUACCAACUUAUUAAUAUUUGCUCCUGCCUUUAAUGGUGUAGUACUAUAUGUUGCACUUUUGUUUUCACCAUCACCUUGCUCAUUUGACAGGACAGCAGUUUCAGUUAAAAGGGGUCGUUCACCUUUAAGAUAAAUUUAGUAUAUAUAAUAUAGAAUGGCUGUCUUUUCAAUUGGUUGUCAUUAUUUUUAUAGGUUUUAAACCGUAUGCCUUCUUCUGCUGAUUCUUUUUCAGCUUGCAAAUGGGGGUCACUGACCCCAUCUAAAACUAAUGCUCUCUAAGGCUACAAAUGUAUUGUUAUUGCUACUUUUUAUUACUCCUUUUUCUAUUCAGGCCUCUCCUAUUCAUAUUCAAGUAUCUGUAUCCAUGUCAAUGCAUGGUUGCUAGGGAAAUUUGGACCUUAGCAACCAUAAUGCUGAAAUUCCAAACUGGAGAGCUGCUGAAUAAAAAGCUAAAACAACUGAAAAACCACAAAUAGAAAAUGAAAGCCAAUUGCAAAUUGUUUCAGAAUAUCACUCUCUACUCAUACUAAGUUAUCUCAAAGGUGAACAACCCCUGUAAUCAACAUGGCAGGAGUGGUGUUAAUGUCACAGGGCUCCUUUUUAUUUUAUUUUUUUUAAAUUGUUUUUCCUUCCCAGUGUACAGAGUUAAAAGCUGCUCUACUUAAACCGUAUAAGCUUUCAAGAAGUCAUUUAUCCCACUGAGCCCCCUGCUCCCUAAUUUGAUGAACGCACUAAGUGUUCAUGCAGACGGGCUCCGUAUGAAAUGAGGCAGCCGUUUUUAUACAAGUCUUGAAUAUGGCGGCAGUAGUCAACGAGCUGAUUAAAAUUAAAAAAUAAAAAAAAAUGUACCAAUGGAGUAGUUUGGCAGUCAAGCACUACAGAAGUUGUUGCCUUUGAAUCACUGUCCUGCGGGAGUUGUCCAAUGACCUACGUGGGAGAGCGACUAUUCGAGCGUAACUGUAAUACUGCUGCAGUGUUAGAGGGUAAAACUUACUGUUGCUGGAAUGGUCUGCGACAGAAUGCUUUGCAAUGCAUUUUAAACCCUUUUGUAGCAAAAGGGGUUAAUUAUCUUCGGGUACACUGACUUGUUUUAAUUUUUUUUUGUGGCAUUGGUAAAUAAAAAUUUCUAGAACUG